CGGGGCGGGGCCGCGCUGCUUUGCGGCAGCGCCCGGCGGCGGCGGCAGGAAGGGGCCGGAGCGCGGUGCCCGCGUGCGCAGCCCGGCGGCGGCGGCGGCGGCGCCAUGAAGCGGCCGCGGCUGCGGAAGGCAAGCAAGCGGCUGAGCUGCCACAAGCGGUACAAGAUCCAGAAGAAGAUCCGGGAGCACCACCGCAAAGUCAGGAGGGAGGCCAAGAAACGCGGGCGCAGAAAGCCCAAGAAGGACCCCAGCGUGCCCAACGCGGCGCCGUUCAAGGAGGCACUCCUGCGGGAAGCAGAGCAGAGGAAGCAGAGGCUUGAAGAACUAAAACAAAAGCAGAAGCUUGACAGACAGAAAGAACAUGAAAAGAAGAGGAAGCUUGAUGCUAAAAAGAAUGCAGCCAAAAUCCAGGAACAGACAGAGGGAACGGAACCUUCUAGCAAAUCUGAAGCAAAUACUAAGAAAGUGCCACAUAAAAAAUCAAAGAAAUCAUUUCACAGUGAGCUUGAGAAGGUGAUAGAAGCCUCAGAUGUGGUUCUGGAGGUUUUGGAUGCAAGAGAUCCAAUGGGCUGUCGCUGUCCCCAGCUGGAGCAAGCUAUUACUUGCUCUGGAGGAGACAAAAAGCUAUUGUUGGUUCUGAACAAAAUUGAUUUAGUGCCUAAGGAGAACUUGGAGAAAUGGUUGAAUUGUUUGAAGAAGGAAUUUCCAACAGUUGCUUUUAAAUCAUCAACCUUGAUGACAGACAGGACUACGCAGCAGCAUUUCUCAAGAAAAAGGGCACGUGUUGAUUUAUCAAGAAACACUGAAUGUUUUGGAAGUGAAUGCCUCUUGAAACUUCUUCAGGAGCACUGCAAGACUCAAAACAAAGCUAUUCAGGUUGGGUUAGUAGGUUUCCCUAACGUGGGGAAGAGCAGCAUAAUCAACAGUAUUAAGAGAGAUCGUGUUUGCAACGUUGGGACAGCAAGAGGUCUUACCAAGUGCAUGCAAGUUGUGCGUAUUGAUAAACAGAUGAAGAUGUUGGACAGUCCAAGUAUAGUCGCAGAUCCUGCCAACAGCACCCUAACUCUGGCCCUGAGAAGUAUCAUAGAUACUGGAGUAUCGGGCUCCGUAGACGUGGUUGAAGCAAUGGAUGCAGUUCUAAAUCACUGCAGUAAACAGCAGGUAAUGAUGUUCUAUAGUAUCCCGGAUUUCAGGAACACUGAAGAGUUUUUAACUUUACUUGCUCAGAAAAGGGGUAUGCUGAAAAAGGGAGGUGUUCCUGACAUAGAGAAUAUAGCCAAAUUACUACUUUGUGACUGGACAGGAGCUAAAAUAAGCUACCAUUCACAACCUCCAGGAUCUCAAAUGCUGCCCCCCUACCUUACAGAAGACAAAAUAGCUGAAAUGCAGAAGGGUUUUAAUUUAAAGAAGCUAGAAGAAGAAAACAAUGCUACUGUUCAAGCUUUAAAAUACCCUAGUCCAGCAAGCAGCAUUGUCUUCCAGUCAGCUGGCAUGACAAACGGGAAAAUAGAGGAAAAUAAAGUGGUAGGGGAAGCAUCACAGUGGGAGACUUUGGAAACAAGCAGGGAAGAAGAGGAAGAGGAUUUCAUGGAAACUGAUGACCAAGAUAGCAUGGAAGAAGAAGAAGAAAAGGAUGUGAAAGAGGAAAGCAAAAUUCGGAUGACCAGGAAAGCAGAGCUUGGAAAACAACAAACAAGACGUGUAACUUCAGAAAACAAGCUAGCAGAAAGUGGAUGUGACAGUUCACUAUCAUUCAGCUUAGACAAGACAGCAGAUGAAGACGAUGCCUAUGAUUUUAAUACAGACUAUGUGUAAUGAGAUGUGCGAAGAUAGGGCUUGGAAACUAUUACUGGCCUUCAGACCAGUCAAACACUUCUGUUACAGAAGUUGUAGGAAUGCUUCAUAGCAGAGCUGCAAACAUUCACAAUUACUGUGUCAAAUAAUGUAUAUAAUACUGUGUAUCUCUAGAUAAUUCCAGAUUUUGUAUAGUUUUAGGAAGCUGACCUUUAAGCCCUAUACUUUUAAUUCCUGUUAAAAAGACUAUUUGAAAAAAAAAAUCAGACUGUGUUAGUCCAUUCUUUAUGCCUUGUAAAGAGAUUUUUCAAACGGAUAAAUCCCCCAUUGCUUUCUUUGAAAAACUAUGGUCACGUUUUAAGCAAUUAAAUUUCAGGGCAAGCUUUCAUGUUCCCUUCAUAAAAAUGUUAAUCAUUUUGCCUAGAGGAUUAUAGACUGUACCUCUAGAGCGUGACUUAAGUGAGUUUUCAGUAUUUUUAAAAACUAUACGACUUUCACAGGUAAAAGUUGCUUGGCAAAUACUACUUACUUCAGCUAGACAUAAGGUAUUUUAUCUAAGCACUUCUCUGUAAGCUCACUAGCUUCACAGGGAGAGGUAACUGGGAUUAUGGUAACAGUAAUUUGUCUUCACUGGGGGGGAAAAAAGCUCCUUCCUAUGGUGCUCUUGAAUAAAAGACAUAUUUCCUGAUGGAAGUAUGGUAGCAACUGGUAACUGUAAAGCAAAGCAUGUUCUUCUGUGUAAUAAGGAUGUUACUGUAGUCAGCCUGCAGCAAAACUGGGACAACAUUAACCAGCUGCACUGAAAGCGGCAGCUGAUAGAUUUUCGUUAAAUGUACCUAGAGUAAUCCAUGCCUCCUAGGUAUCUUAAACUGCAUGUGUCUGUAUCUGUGCUUGAUAUUUUUUUAUCUAAGCCUGCUGAAAUAGCCACUGACAGGAAUGGUUCUUAAGAAGCCAGGAAAAGAAAGGAUCAGUAACAAACCAGAGAGCAGCACAGAACUAUACAUACACUGUCUAGUUCUGGUAAUGAGAUGAGAAGUUGGAAAUCCUUUUAAAUUAUAAAGCAGUACUGAAACCAUAUUCAUACACAGAAGCAAGCCCUUUAGCUCUCUGCUCCCCUGUACCUCGGAUCAAUGAACCACUGAGCCUUUCACUGCUUGUCUUUUAUCCGUACAUCUUAUACCUGUUCACAAGUAGUAGUACUGAAUAAACAUGAGAACUUGAAUUCAGACUUUAUUACAUCGAGUAAUAGCCACAGCAGCUGCUGGGAUAUACUAGCUAGUAAUAACCAGUAUUCAAACAUAACACUAUAGCAAUAAAAAAAAAAAACCACUUACCUACAGAAAAGUCGGAUGGGCUGCCAAAGGUCACAGCAAUCUCGCUCAAUGAAUUCAGAAGGUCAGACCAAGAAGGACACAGGGGGAGAAACUUCUAUGGCACAGUCUUUUUCACAAGAAAAAAACAUGCAGAAAUUCUUAACAGUAACAAUUCUAAUCUACUUCAUACAGCCUGACCCCAGAAAUAAAGACUUUGCACACUUUUACAAUGAGUGCUUUCUCAAAGGUGAGAUCAAUUGGUUUUGACUUCAUUCAGUUAAUACUGUACUUAAACAAAACAGAAACAUUUCAUAUAUCAGACCACGACAAGAAUCAUAUUGUCAUUUACCUGAGGUUUGACUCACGUUAACAGUAGCUUUUAUUUUUGAACAUUUUCUCCACCACUUUACAGAGAAUAUCUUAGUGUUUACUGGCAGUUAAAACCACUUUGCAUAGUGAAAUAAUACUUGAAAUUAUUCAUCUUUCAAAAAUCGAGAUUCAAUUUUCCAGAAUUGUGCAAGACAGGCUUAUGCAGAAAUGGCUGGGAGCAGUUUUCAUGCAAGAAAGGACUGCUGAUGAAACUAUUUCACAGGAUAACAACAACAAGACAGAACAAAUACCAAGCUGCUCUUAAUUACAGUAUGUUCCUGUGCAAUACUUGAAUGGUGCAAGCUCCAGAUGAAGUUCUAUCUUGUUUCUGGAACUGUUUGUUUACAUAGCUGACACAAUGAUCCCCCCAGAAGACUUGUAGUAAAGAGCAGAAGAAUGUACAACACACAAAUGACCUAACAGAAGUGCUAGUUUUGCCUUCUGCUGGAGUAGCGUCAAGUGAGUCUCCUUUGGAACACCACAUGAGUAAGUGCAUCUCCCUGUGCUCCAGAAGGCAAGGACUGCUCUAUAAUACAAAGUUGACUUUAAAAAAAAAAAUAAAA